UGCUUUUUCUUAAAUGAAGUUAAAUGGGACUUGUGGGCUUUGUUUUGGGGAAGGACAACCAAGAGUGAAGGGAUUCGCUGCUUGGCUGCUUGGGAGGGUGAUGUGGGGUCCUGCUGAGGUUGGGAUGCCAGGGUUCGACUGUCAGGAGCUCCAUCCUCCAGAAAACAGGCGGGGAGCUGCCCUGGCUCCCCGACCUGCUCAGGAGGGAUGGAGAUGGCUCUUGGGUGGUGUCUCCUCCUCCGCUGCGGCAGCUCAGAGGGCUGUGGGUGGAUGCUGCAGCACCAGCACAGCCACAGCCCUGCGGGUGCUCUCCUCCCUCGCAGGCUGCAGCAGCUCCUGCAGAACCUCCGCUGCCUCCUCCUCCCUGCCUGGGAGAGGGGCUGUGCUCAGCUGGCCCAAAUUUCCUCUUUCUGAGCGGCCAGCUGGCUGAAUCGUGAGUGUCCUGUCCCACCCAGGGGCAGGUGUGCUGGUGGGUGUUCAUUUCUUGCUUAUUUCUUCCUCACCCUUCAAGAAAUGACAUUAGCAGAUGCUUUGGAUCUCAAAGUAUUCCCUGCUCUCAGUCCAGGGGAAGGUGGAGCAACCCAAGGGGCUCUUUGCCAGCCCCAGACAUCUCCUGCCACCUGGGGAAUUCUGCAGGGUGAAGCUGCUGUGUCCUGAGAAGCCCAAGAGCCUUGUGUUGUUUCCAAGGUGGUGGGAUGUGAGCUGUGGAUCAGCCUUAGCCAGGGUUAUCCUGAAGCUGAGGCACCUCUGGAGAUGUUGUGGGGUGCAGAGGGAAAGGAUCUGCUGGGGUUCCUGGGGAAACUCCUCUGCCCUGUUUGCUGUGCACGAAGCGGGGAGCAGAUGUUGGGGUGCGGCAGCUGCGAUGCAAUUUUGGUUUUGGGGCUGCUCUGGGGUUCAAACGGUUUUAGGUGUGAGGAGGAGAUAGCGGUGCUGGGGGAAGCACCAGGGUGAUAACACUGCCAGGGGAAGCUUUGCUGCUCGGAUCAGCUGGGACAGGGGGUGAGGGAGGAAACCAGCAGCUUUUAGUCACUGUCGGGUCUCUGGGCUUGUUGUGGUUGGGCUGCACAUGAGCCACGGUCAGUGGGAAUCCGUCCUGCCAGUCCCGUGCCCGUGUCCUAUUUAUAGACCUGCUGAACACAGGAUAAAGCCUGGGAGAGGGGGGGUUAGGGAGGAAGAAAUCCCACGGGGGUGAGGAUUUCCCCUUCCUUUUCCAGACAGAUCGUGACAUACCUGAUCUUGGGUGUCAGCUCUCACCACCCCAAACUCUGCAGCCAUAGGAGACCUCGUAGAAUAAUAGAAAGAUGUGGGGUGGAAGGAGUGUUUAAAAGGGCAUAUAAAUCCAACCUCUUUGCCAUGGACAGGGACAUUUUAACUGUGUAUUUUAGCUGUAUGUCAGGUUGCUCAGAGCCCUGUCCAACCUGACGCUGAAUGUUUUUUGGGAUGAGGCAUCCCCCAUCUCUUGGGGCACCCUGUUCUAGUGCCUCACCACCCUCACAGGCAACAAUUCCUUCCCAAUAUCCCAAAUUCCUUCCCAUCUAUCCCUCCCCUCUGGCAGUGGGAAGCCAUUCCCUGUGUCCUGGCCCUCCAUCCAUUGUCCCCAGUCCCUCUCCAGCUCUCCUGGAGCCCCUUUAGGCACUGGAAGGAGCUCAGAGGUCUCCUUGGAGCCUUCUCUUCCCCAGGCUGGACACCCCCAGCUCUCUCAUGACCCAUAGGGAGGCUCCAUGCCCACAGGAGACUUGGCAAGUAGGUUUUGGUUUUUUUUGCCUCAAGAGCCAUCUGGCUCCCAGCUAUUUGCUUUGCUGGGUUUGCUGGCCCUGGGCCAUGUCCAGGGUGCAGAUGCAAAGCAGCAGAGCUGAAACUCUGCCUCUUUCAGGAGAAACUUCUGGGAUCUAUUUUCAGUUUGGUUUUGGGUUGCCUGGAGAGCGUGGUCUGGUAACCCGAGGCUGGGAGAUGUCCCUCAAAAGCUGGGUGUGAGCAGCACAUCCAUGCCUGGCAGGGUGCUUUUCAGCCUGUCAGCAGAUUUACAAACAUCUUGCUGGAAAACAACAAAAAAAAAAAAAUUAUAAUCAUGUGACUUCUGACCUCAGAAACGCCUCCUGCCUAUGCUGUGGGAAAAUACCGAGUUGACUGCAGGAAGUACAGGGGGUUUUGGGGUUCGAUAUUUGUGUGUCUGUGUGCAUUUUCUUUUAUUAUUAUUAUUUUUAUAAGAUUUUUCAUUAAAAAGGUACUUCAGCUCAGGCUUGUUAACUGCAGGCUUCCUGUUGUGGGCAAAAAGCACAGUUGUAUUAUACAUGUGUAUUUAUUUUCCUGGGUGUAGCCUUCUGUGUAAGCAGGGAGCCAGCGAGUGCCUUGCCUGCAGAAACCUCUAAGCAAGAAAAUAUUCAUGAAACCCCUGAAAAUAUACAUAAAACCCCUUCAAAGAGGUGAUAUUUAGGAGUGAGAGGACCCAAAUGCUGCUGAAACUCAGCUGGUUUUCUUUUGGGCAGAGCUGAAAGCACAAAGAAGGGGGAACAAAUAAAUAAAUGGUGUAAGGAGGAGUGGGAAAGGAGAAAAAAGCCCCUUUAUACAGCGAGCUGCAGCCUCCUGGGCUCACUGCUGGCAGAAAGUAGGGCACUCCUGCUGGGUUUUCUUCUCUGGAAAGGCUGAACUUGGCUGGAGUGGGUGGAAGCAGCCGGCAGGGAGGUGUGUGUGUGUCCCAUCCCCAUCCCCUGCUCAUCCAGCUCUGCUGCUCUGGGGGCUGCUGGCAGGAGCUGCGUGUCAGCAGGGCUUGCAAAGGUGGAGUGUCCUGUUCAGCAGCCAAGAUGUGGCCACCCGUGUCCCUCCUGUGUGUCCUGGUGGCCUUUGCCAACGCUCGCAGCAUUCCUUACUUCCCUCCUCUCUCUGAUGACCUGGUCAACCACAUAAACAAGCUCAACACCACCUGGAAGGCAGGACACAACUUCCACAAUGCUGACAUGAGCUACGUGAAGAAGCUCUGUGGCACCUUCCUGGGUGGGCCCAAGCUCCCCGAGAGGGUGGAUUUUGCUGCAGAUGUGGAGCUGCCUGAUAACUUCGACUCGCGGACGCAGUGGCCCAACUGUCCCACCAUCAGCGAGAUCAGGGACCAGGGCUCCUGUGGCUCCUGCUGGGCUUUUGGCGCCGUGGAGGCGAUUUCAGACCGGAUCUGUGUCCACACCAACGCCAAGGUCAGCGUGGAGGUCUCAGCUGAGGACCUGCUGUCGUGCUGUGGCUUUGAGUGUGGCAUGGGGUGCAAUGGUGGUUACCCCUCUGGUGCAUGGAGGUACUGGACAGAGAGGGGCCUCGUGUCCGGGGGGCUCUACGAUUCCCACGUGGGCUGCCGGCCCUACUCCAUCCCACCCUGCGAGCACCACGUGAACGGCACCCGGCCCCCCUGCACCGGGGAGGGAGGGAGCACCCCGAGGUGCAGCCGGCACUGUGAGCCCGGCUACUCGCCCUCAUACAAGGAGGACAAGCACUAUGGCAUCACAUCCUACGGAGUCCCUCGCAGUGAGAAGGAAAUCAUGGCUGAGAUCUACAAGAACGGCCCCGUGGAAGGAGCCUUCAUUGUCUACGAGGAUUUCCUGAUGUACAAAUCUGGCGUGUACCAGCACGUGUCUGGGGAGCAGGUGGGAGGCCACGCCAUCCGCAUCCUGGGCUGGGGCGUGGAGAACAACACUCCCUACUGGCUGGUGGCCAACUCCUGGAACACCGACUGGGGGGAGAACGGUUUCUUCAAAAUCCUGCGAGGAGAGGACCACUGUGGCAUCGAGUCCGAGGUUGUGGCCGGCAUCCCCAGGACGGAGCAGUACUGGAAGAGGAUGUAACUCUGAUCAAACCACAAAUAAUCCUGAGUCCCUGAUGCUUUUAACUGAUAGUGGGUUGGGUGCAGAGACCCUCCCUUCUAAAAGAGACUCUAGUUCAGGUUACUUUAUUAAGGCUUUUUAUCUUUUCUUUUUUUUUUUUUUUU